AUGGCACCCGAAGAGGUGCAGAGGCUCUCCAAAGUCAGGAAUAUAGGCAUUGCGGCGCACAUUGAUAGUGGCAAGACAACGGUGACCGAGCGUGUUCUUUUCUAUACUGGUCGAAUCAAGGCUAUCCACGAGGUCAGGGGCAAAGACGCCGUUGGCGCAAAGAUGGAUUCUAUGGAACUCGAAAGAGAAAAGGGGAUCACUAUUCAAUCCGCGGCUACAUUCUGCGACUGGAAAAAAAAGGAAAAUGGGAAGGAAGAGACGUAUCAUUUCAACUUGAUCGACACGCCUGGCCAUAUUGAUUUUACGAUUGAAGUCGAGAGAGCCCUUCGUGUCCUUGAUGGUGCCGUCAUGAUUCUUUGUGCCGUCAGUGGCGUCCAGUCGCAGACCACAACCGUGGAUCGUCAAAUGAAGCGAUACAAUGUUCCCCGGAUUUCAUUUAUCAACAAGAUGGAUCGCAUGGGUGCCAACCCGUGGAAAGCCGUGGAGCAAAUUAAUUCCAAACUAAAAAUGCCAGCCGCCGCAAUCCAGAUUCCCAUCGGAGCUGAAGAUGAGUUUGAAGGCGUUGUCGACUUGAUCGAGAUGAAGGCGAUGUAUUUCGAAGGUCCCCGAGGAACCAAAGUCAGAUCUGAUAUCAUCCCUGCUACUUUGAGAGAACUAGCAGCAGAGAAGCGCCAAGUGCUCAUUGAGAAAUUGGCCGAUGUUGAUGACGAGAUUGCCGAAAUUUUCCUCGAGGAACAGGAGCCCAGCAAUGAGCAGAUCAAAGCAGCUAUCCGACGGGCUACGAUUGCACGCAACUUCUCACCCGUCUUGAUGGGCUCCGCUCUGGCGGACAAGGGUGUACAACCAAUGCUUGAUGCUGUUUGUGACUAUCUACCAAAUCCAUCACAGAUUGAGAAUACCGCUCUCGAUAAGUCCAAAGACGAACAAGUCGUCAAACUAGUUCCGUACAAUUCGUUACCUUUCGUUGGGCUUGCGUUUAAGCUCGAGGAGAACAACUAUGGCCAGCUCACUUACAUCCGGGUUUACCAAGGAACCCUCACCAAGGGAACGUAUCUGUUUAACUCCCGAACGGACAAGAAGGUCCGAAUCCCCCGCAUCGUCAGAAUGCACUCUAACGAAAUGGAAGAUGUGUCUGAAGUUGGUGCAGGGGAAAUCUGUGCGGUAUUCGGGGUUGACUGUGCAUCAGGAGACACGUUUACGGAUGGGGGUCUGCCUUAUACUAUGUCGUCAAUGUUUGUCCCUGAUGCCGUCAUGUCUCUAUCCAUCAAGCCAAAGCGAACGGCGGACGCAGACAAUUUUAGUAAGGCUAUGAAUCGAUUUCAGCGCGAAGACCCCACGUUCCGAGUGCACGUGGACCCUGAAAGCGAAGAGACCAUUAUCUCUGGCAUGGGCGAACUGCACUUGGAGGUCUACGUUGAGCGGUUAAAGCGUGAGUACAAGACAGAGUGCAUCACUGGACAGCCACGUGUUGCCUAUCGAGAGACAAUUUCUCGUCGUGCCGAGUUCGAUUACUUACUUCGCCGACAGAGUGGCGGUCCUGGUGACUUUGCCCGUGUGGCUGGAUGGAUUGAGCCAAAUGAGACGCCGGAGGAUAACCAUUAUGAAAGUCAAGUUGUCGGCGGCCAUAUCCCAGAUAAAUUUCUAACAGCCUGUGCUAAGGGCUUCGACCUGACCUGUGAAAAAGGUCCUCUUCUCGGACACAGAGUCAUCGGAACCAAGAUGGUCAUCAAUGAUGGUGCCACCCAUGUCACGGAUUCCUCUGAUUACGCCUUUAGCCUGGCGACGCAGAUGGCCUUUCGAAAGGCAUUCACCGAUGCGGGCGGCCAGGUUUUGGAGCCGUUGAUGAAGACAACCAUCACAGCACCUAACGAGUUUCAGGGCAACAUUUUGAUGCUCAUGAAUAAGAGAAAUGCAACUAUUCACGACACAGAAAUUGGAAGUGAGGAGUUCACAUUAAUCUGUGACUGCAGUCUCAAUGCCAUGUUUGGUUUUAGUUCUCAACUAAGAGCUGCGACGCAGGGAAAGGGAGAGUUCAGCAUGGAAUUCAGCCAUUAUGCCCCUGCCCCACCUCAUUUGCAGUGA